AUGCACAACGAACUAAAGGCUCAAUUCUUGAAAAUAGAUGAGAUACCUAGCGAAGAAAUUGAUGUACUUUUUAGUAUCAUUACUGGUGGAGAGUUCUAAGGCUUAACGUCUGGUUCUCAUGCUAUCUCAAAUGAUAAUUAGAAAGUAACUAUUGUUGGAUUCUCAGACUAAUGGGAUCAGCCAAACAAUUUAACCAAGCUCGAGACGGAUAAGUUCAAAUCCCUAAAUGUAAAGCUAAGUGCUACAUCACCACAAGACAAGAUUAUUGGCCUUUAUUACGAUGAAACAGCUAAGGAGAGACAAGAAUUAAUUGCUCUUCAAAUGUUUGAUGUCAACAUUGUCUGCCACAUUGAUAAAGAAGAAAAAGAAAAAAUUUUCCAAAUGUCGAUCCUUAAUGAUAUGGAAAUUAUUAAGAAAUUUGUUUCAGUUCUUCAAUCUUUAGAGAAAGAUCCUGAAAAUCUUACUGCUGAUCAAAAAGUAAAGAGACAGUAACUUUACGUAAAUAUGCUAAAUUCAAUCACAAACAUGAUCUAAUCUGGAGGAGAAAAAUAUAUCACUUUGAUGAGAGAAAAUGGCCUUUUAGAGCCUUUACUAUAGCAUUUAUACUAGAAGUAAACUCAAUAGUUAACUCUCAAAAAGAUUGUUCCAUUAGAAUGGCUGGAACUUAAAUAUGUUGAGAUUAAAAGAAAAGCACUUGAAAAUGAUGUCUCUUUGAUUCCAAACUUGGGUGAGAAUACUGCUUCAAUAAUGAACAAAAAGUAAAUUAUCUUAUAAUCAAGUGACCCUACAACUGGAGAUACUGUCAUCUAAAAUGCUCAUUUACUCUCAGCAAUAAACCUUCAGAAUAUAUCUAAUGAUCAAAUCUUUAAGUCACAUCUUGGAAAGGAUUUAGUCAACUUUAUGAGUGAAUUUGAUCAAGAACUUGAACCCAAUCCAAUUCUCAAUAAGAAAUAUGGCUUAGUUUUUUAUGAUUCUCAAGAACUUAUGAAGCUUGAUAAUAAAGCUAUUAACAUCCUUUUGAAUUCUUAGGUUGUUGUAACUACAAAUGACAUAUAACCAAAGGAACUAUUCACUCAAAUGGUUCAACUUGUCAAGAAAGAUGACGAAAAAGAAGAAAAACUUAGAUGCCUCCUAGGAUUGCUAGAGUCAGUCAUCUUAUUUAUUCGAAAAGUAGAUUUUGAAAGAAUUCAAUUACCAAUUUCAUUGAAUUUCGAAAAUCAUAUAAAGAGCUAGAAGAGUUUAGUCGAGGGAGUUAUUAAGGAGUUAUAGAGUUGGAGUAAUGUUGAUUAUGACUAUAUGCUCUCCAGCAUUAUUGAUCAUUAAGACAGAGCCUACAACAUAAUUGCUAAUUAUGCACUCAAGGCAAUUUAAAACCUUUAUGAAGAGAAAUAAAAGAAUUAGGAUAAAAUUAAGAAACUUGAAGUUGAUAAAAAAUUCAAGGAGGUGGAGUAACUUAAAGUCAAAAUAGCUGAGAAUGAAACUAAAAAGAAGAAGGAAAUCGAAGAAAAACUAGCAGAAUUUAAGAAAUAAGGCUUCGGUAGAACAGCUCAAAAGAGUCUUAUUGAAGAAUUAGCAGAGUAAUCAGACGCAAAUGAAUCGCGAGAAAACUUUGACAAAGAUUUUGAAAUCGAGGAUUUGUUAAAGGAUGAGACAUUCACUAAGAAACUUGAUGAAAUUAUAGAAAAAAAGAUAAAGCCAUUCUCUGAGGAUAAGCUUGAUGAUGAGGCAAAAUCAAAAUCAGUGAAACAAGGCUAGGAAAGCUUCUGGGAUGCUGUUCUUAAAAUUGAUAUCAAACAGCUGACAAAAGAAUAUGAGGAAACUAUUAAUUCCAUAGCUCAUCUUGAAAGUAGAAAAGCGCUAGUAUCUAUAUUAGCUAAUUCUGAUCUUAGUACUUUCCUUCCAGGUGUUAUGAAGGAUAAAAAGAGUCAAAAGAUAUUCACUUGCUUUAUCAGAACAGCAUUCAACGAUGCUUUGAUUUUGUAUCUAAACACUGGAUAGAAGAAUCAAUACAAAACUAUCAAGUCAAUAAUCAGAAAGUUAUUUAAGUUCUGCGACGAAUCUCCAGAGUUCUCUAACUACCUUAGGAAUUUCUUAAGGUUUGACAUUAUUCAAUCAAGUGUCUUGACAAUCACUAAAAUGAAGUAGAAUCCAGGCAAAUCUGUAAAAGAAUACUUCAACACAGAGCACAUCAUUCUAAAUGAACUGAACCCAUAUCUUUUCAUAUAUGUAGCAUCAUAAUUCCUUAGAAAAUAUCCUAGCUUCAUUCAAGAAUAACCCAAAUACAUUCCAGCAAUGUUCAACUAUGCUUUGUGCAUGUUCACUUUCUUGUAGCAAUAGAAGUCUUCCAUUGUAAACUAAUUAUUGACUCUUAUUAUUGAGAUCUUGAAAUAUUCAGAUGAUAAUCUUGAGCAAGUUGUAAGAGAUAAGUCUAUAGAUAGUUUGUUAAAUCAUGAACUACUUAAAUACAUCAUCCUUCACAUUGAUUAUGACAACUAAACAAAGUUCAAUAAUCAACAAAAACUACUACUUGAAAUUCAUAUGAAAUUGCUUGAUAUCUUCCACAAAAUCGGAGAUAGAAACCUACGUCAAGUAGAUUCAAACCUUGAAAAUUCAGCUGGUAUAUUAAAGGUUAAGAGAGGCUAGAAAGUCUUAUCAGAUAAGGAAAAUUUCGACUUCAUUAAAUAUUACAUCCAUUUCAAAGCUCUUGAAGAAUACCAAACUGAAAUGAUGAAUAUCAACAUUGAGACCAAUCAUUAUGCUUAUGAUGCAAAGAUUUUAGCAAAAUUCACAAUGAAAUAAGUUGAAAAGCUAACUAUUGCAUUUAACGACAAAACUCAACUAAAAGAAUUUACAUUUGUAGGAAUUGCGAAUAAUGCAACUGGAAAGAGCAUAUCUUACUAUACCUAAGAGGAUAUCAAAGGUAAGGAUAAAGCAGUAGAACUUUUUAAGGGUGAUUUCUACAUUCUUUAUCCAAUCAAAAAGCAAUUAGUUGUUGCUUUUGGAGAUGGCUCCAAUGAAAGAUUAGGUGUUGCUGGUAGUUCUAGUACUCUUCCAAAAGCUGCUUAUAGCACUUCAAAUCUGAAACCAAUGCAAAUUUUUACUGCAAAUUGCUUUGCUAUUGUUGUAAAUGAAGAAAAAGAGUUAUAUAAAUGCGGAACUAUUUCCAAGAAAAUGGGUGGAGCUGCUUCAACCUACGAGAAAAUAGUUGGACUUAGAGGAAAAGUUAAUUUGGUUGCUUGUGGUAGAUCCAGCUUAUAUGUUGUCAAUGAUCAGAAUGAGAUAUUCAGAUAAGGUUAUAGCAAGGACGGUCAUCUUGGGUUAAAUACUGAAUACUCAAGUCUUACUGCUAUGGACAAGAUUGAUGAUGAGUAACAGAUUACUGAAAAAAUUGUAGACAUUUCAUCUGCAAGUCACUUUACAUUAUUUGUGACUGAGGAUGGAAAACUAUAUGGUAUUGGUAACAGAUUGAUGAAGGAAUUAGGACUUGACUGUGACUAGAAAAUCAUUAAUAUCCCUCUCAAAGAAGGAGCUAAGGUUCUUAAAGCUUAUGCAUCAAUGGGCAAAAAUUCACCUCUCGCAUUCUUGAAAGUCCAACUAGAAAAUGGCAAAAUUGAAUUUUGGUCUGCUGGUAAGAAUGAACAAGGUUUACUUGGUCAAGGAUAAUAAGUAAAACACUCAAAGUUAUUCAAACCAUUGAAAUUUGAUCAAGAAAAUAUCCAAUUCGUAGAAUUCUCAUGCUAUGGUGACCAUGCUAUGGCUAUUGAUUAAAAUGGCUAAUUAUGGGCUUGGGGAUGCAAUCUAUCUAAGAGAGCUGGCUUUAAGGAAGAUAUCUACGAUGGUAUCUUUGAGCCAAAGAAAGUUACCUUCCCUGCUAAGGAAAAGUUAACACCUUUGAAAAUUUCUUGUGGUUUUGAUCAUACUUUGAUCAUAUUUGAGGAUGAAAGCAAGGAGAAAAAACUCUAUUCUGUUGGUUAGGAUGAGAAGAUCUUCCAUCAUUUAGGAUUAACUUAAAUUGAAGCUGAGGAUAAAAACAAUUACUAUAGAGAGGUGACAGCUUUUAGAGGAUUCAAUAUAGUUGAUUUCAAGGCUGGUCACAGAUCAUCUCACGUGAUUAUCGAAGGUGAAAAAGAGCCAACUGAUAAUCUACAUAGCCAUAAAGUUAAUGGUGAAUUAAAGACUGGAAUUCUUCACGUUUACAAAGAUGAAGCUGGAAAAUUACAAUACUUAACCUAGGAUGAAUAUGAAGCAAAGAAAGACACACUUCCAGAUAUUUGUCUGGCAUUGAAGUCAUAAGUUGAAAAUCUUGAAAAUAUCGAAUUGCCAGAUUUGAAUGACCUUGCCAAAGAACUUAUCGACUAGGAAUCUACUGAUACAACUCAUGAUGGACUGCAAUGCAAUUUGACUUUACAACCAUUAAACGGAGUAAGGUAUUUCUCAUUCAGUAAGAUUAACGGAGAUAAUCAAAAAGUUGAUUUAUGUGAAACUGCUUUUAUGCAGCCAAAUAGCUUCGAUAUAAAUCCUUUGAUUUACUACAGAAUCAAAAAGCCUUUAAAGAAAGGAGCUAGACUUCCAAUAAUAGAUCUUAAAUAGUACUACAAAGAAUCAUCUUCUUAUGGCCUUGAUAUUGAAAUUAAGCCUGAUUUAAGCUAUUAAAAGAAUGAAAAAAUGAUUGAGCUCACUAAAACUAGCUACGAUGAGCUUUGCGAUUCAGCCUCUAAGUUUGCUAGUGACCUUGAUUAAGAUUUAUUGAGAGAAAUGGAUAGAUAUGUAAGGUCUAACUUAAAUGAUAAGCUACUUGAGGAUAUUACUGUCAAAAAUGAUUUUAAGAUUGCUGAUAUGACUUUCAAAAAUGUCAAGAUUAAGAAGCUUUAAGAGUCAGUAAAGAGAAGAAGAAUAGAGAUGUAUUUAUCUUUCAACCAAAUAUUCUUGAAUAUUAUGCCUUACAUUUCUCUUGAUGAUAAAGCAUCUAAAGGAGAUAUGACAAAAUCUUUCUAAACUGUGAAAGGUAUGAUUCUAUUCAGCAUGAAGAACAAAUUCAUUCUAAAUCAGGUCACUUCCCUAGAGACAGGAAGUUCAGGCUAUGUCGAAAUAAGAAGAAGAAAGGCUCAGAGAUUCUGUGAGACUGGCUAAGUUGAUCAUAAAGGAGAACACACUAUUUUUGGAUAGAUAUUCCAGAGCUUAAAAUUGAGUGGUUUUAGUGCAUUUAAGUAGAACUCAACUGACAGUAGAGUGUAUUCAGCAAAGUUUAUUGGUGAAGGUAGUAUUGAUGCAGGUGGACCAUAUAGAGAAUCACUUACAAAUAUUUGCUCAGAGCUAGAGUCAGAGAAUUUACCUCUAUUGAUAAAGACUGCAAAUAACAGAAACAAUCAUGGAGAAAACAGAGAUUGCUUCAUUCCUAAUCUAAACUCAAACAACCCAACUCACAUCGAGAUGUUUAAAUUUUUGGGAUACUUAUUAGGAUAUGGUAUAAGAGCUAUGAGUCCAUUGCAACUUCACUUCCCUCCAGUUUUCUGGAAGUAGAUCCUAAAUGAUCCACUAACUGCUUUCGAUCUAAAAGGAUUUGAUACCUAUUCAUGGAAAAUUAUUGAAGAUCUUAAAAAAUAGGCCAAGAAACUCUCAGAUAAAGAGUUUUCUGCUGUUGUUGAAGAAGCAUUCGUAACAAGAUUAUCAGACGGAUCAGAAGUUGAGCUAAAAUAAAAUGGAAAGGACAUUAUUGUGAACAAAGAAAACCUCGACGAAUAUUGUGACUUGAUAUUGCAAAAGAGAUUUUCUGAAUAUAAAACUCAAAUUGAUGCUAUUAGAGAGGGUAUUGACUAUAUUAUUCCUAUAAGCAUUUUGAAACUAUUCACCUGGGAAGAAGUAGAAAUCAGAGCAUGCGGUGAUAAAAUUCUAGACAUUGAAAAACUUAAAAAAUUCACAAGAUAUUAUGCUUGUGAGGAAAAUAAUGAAUUUGUUUAAAGAUUCUGGAGAGUGCUCGCAGACAUGACUGAUGAAGAGCAAAUGCUUUACUUGAAAUUCGUCUGGGGCAGAACAAGACUUCCAUAUGAUACCAGCAAAGUUAGAGAUAACCAUACUAUCUAUCUCUGUUAAAGCAGAGGAGAUAAAGAAUUCCCAGAAGCUCAUACUUGGUAAAAUAAAUUAAUAUUAAUUAUUUUUAGUUUCUUCUAACUUGAUCUACCUAAGUAUACUACUGAUGAGAUUUGCAAGCAAAGAUUGGUGACAGCUGUCACAAUGUGCGGUGAGAUUGAUACUGACGGUAGUGCUGCCUACAUUCCAGAUGAUAAUGAUGAGGAAUGA